AUGACUUUUCCUGAUAUGGGUGCAAAUGUUAGGAAUGAUCAUCUUUUCAAGCAGAUGCAAGAUGAAGAUCACCACACUGGCAUUUCACCACUAUCAGUGCUGAAUGUUGGGAUGGUUUCUUGUUUCCCUCUGGACUACAUGCAUUUGGUCUGCUUAGGGGUUAUGAGGAAGCUGGUAGCCCUGUGGCUGCAGGGUCCUUUACUCUGUAGGCUUCCUGGGCACGCAGUUAGAGAAAUAUCAGAACGCCUGAAAGGUCUGUAUGGAAGUGUGCCUCAGGACUUUGGACGACGACCAAGGUCAUUGAAUGAAUUCCGGAUGUGGAAGGCAGUGGAGUUCCGACAGAUUUUGCUGUACACCGGCCCAGUUGUGUUGAGUGGUGUCCUUCCAAAGAAAAAUUACCACCACUUUCUUCUUCUGUCUGUUGCCAUGCGCCUUCUCCUGAGUGAGAAGCCGACUGCGGAGGAGAUUGACUAUGCUGAGAAACUGCUACGCAUGUUUGUGGUGGAGUUCCCUGCAUUGUAUGGCAAAGAGAAUGUUGUUUACAAUGUGCAUUCCCUCAUUCAUAUCGCUGAUGAUGCCAGAAAGUUUGGGGGUUUAGAUGGCAUAUCUGCUUUUGUGUUUGAGAACUUCCUGAAGGACUUGAAGAAAUUGGUCAGGAAGCAGCAUCAGGUAGUUCCUCAGAUAGUGCGUCGGGUCCUCGAGGCACAACAGGUUGAUUCUUCACUAAAAGGGCUCGAGUCUAGUGUACAAGGUGAACACUUCAGUGGGCCAGUGCCAGACGAAUGCAAUGGGCACUACAGACAGUUCACAAAGUUGAACGGAAAAUUGGUACUCUCCAUCAAAGACAGGGACUGCUACAUUGAAUGCGAUGGAGGAAUUUUCAAGAUACUCAACAUCAUCCAGGACAAAUCGGGUGAGGUCAAGCUUGUGACCGAUCAGUUUGAAAAAGUGGGGGAUCAGUUCAGCUUCCCUUUGCCUUCAUCUAGUCUUGGCAUUGUUCAUGUCAGACAAGGAUCAAAGAGGAUGAAUGUUACUGACCUGAAGUCCAUCUCUCACAAGCUUUGGUUGAUGAAAGAUGCUCAUGGCGUUUCUAUCGUAGUUCCACUGCUUCAUAACGCCUAG